AUGCCGGUGCGGCGAAACAAACGACGCUUGGAAGAGCAGCCAUGGUUCUGGGGUCUUAUAUCGGCGACCGAAGCUGAGGUUUUGGCUUGGAAUGACGCAAAUGACGUCGGAAUCAGAAAAUCAUCAAAAAGAAGGGAAACUAUCUGGUGCGAGGGACCGUCGUCAACUCGGCUAUGAGUCUCAUUCUGUCCGUCGGCGUGUCUUUCAAGAGCGACGAUUUUCAAGUUUUCUCCGCGUUCAGACAGUAUUUAUAUAUCGAACAUUAGCAAUACUAUUCUUUAACUUAAGAAAGUUCAAAAAGGACAUCAUUCAAGUUUCUGUAAUUUCAUCGGACUUUUUCUUUUUUUUUUCAUCUUCAGGCUGUGUCAAAAUAAUGUGAGGAACAUAUCUCGUGUUUAUAAGAUCAGAAUAAGUUUUUAAAAUAAAAAAAGCGGAAAAACUUCCAUAAGAAAUUGUCUUUUCUAUUUAAGGUGGAACAUUUUUCAAUAAAGUUCGAAGGAGAGAACAGGAAAUGGCAUCUUGAAGGCCGAGAGGUGAGCGAGAGGAGGCUGUGGUUCUUUUCGUGAACCUGUCCUUUACAGGAACGGUUCGAAGCGGUUCUCGAGCUGGUCUCCCACUAUAGAGCGAAGCCUUUGAACGGAAACACCGUCCUUUCGGAGCACAUGACGAAGCCCAGCUGGUUCCUCAACAAUCACGUCAUCAUGUAGGCCCAAGCUCACACCCAUCUAUCCUUGGCCAUUGCAGGACUGACGACAAGAAGCAUCUGGGAGGGGGAAAUUUCAGUGUAGUCGUCCGGGGAAGGUUCAAAAACCACGACGUUGCAGUGAAAAAACUUCUAGCCAGUGAGAAUUUAUGCGCGCUCAUCUAAAAAAAAUAUAUUCGUUUUUUUAUAUAAAACUUUUUUUCUGUAACCGAAUGAGUUUUUAAUAAUAAUAAUUUAUUCACAGAUCAGUGUGAACCCCAACGAGUUCACUUCGAGAGAGUUGAUUUUUUAAGGCGAAGAAGCUUUGAAGGAAAAAGAAGCUCUUUUGAAAGAAGCUCGAAUGAUGUCACUUCUGAGAAGUCCUUACAUCAUAGAAGUGAGUUGAGACCAAAAUAUCGAAGUCAGAAAAAGAAAACUGAGGCUAUAAACCAUCUAUAUUUGUCUAAAUUAAAUGUACUACUUCAUCUCGGAGUUUUGUUUACUCCAGGUAUAUUUCACAUGAUCUAUUUCAAGUUCUACGGAAUCGCUCUUGACACGAUGCCGCCGUUGUUGGUGAUGGAGCUGAUGGGGGGAGAGCUGUUGAAACACCUCGUACAGCACGUUUGUAGCAAGCAUGAGCUCUCGAAAUCUUCUUUCUCCAGGGCCAGAAAAUCUGCGACGGCGAGAAGCUGCUCUAUUGCUGGCAGCUUGCCAAAGGGCUAGCUCACAUGGCUGAGAAGUUUAUUUGGAGUCCAAGACCUGUUCAUGAUUUCUCUUCAGAAAAAUAGUCCACAGAGAUUUGGCGGCCAGGAACUGUCUGUUCAGCAAAUACGGAAUCUUGAAAGUGACGGACUUUGGCUUGAGCGACUUGACCGUCAAACUGGCUGCCUACUGCACAGCCACCGAGCAGGUGAGAAUCGACUUUGGUACCAUGAAAAUGGGCUUCAUCCAGCAACUAUUGUUUGAUCAUACACCUCAGCAAAAAUAAUAUGUUUAUACAUAUUCUUUCUUUCUUUGACAGGGUUGUUCACUCAAAGAGUCACUUUUCAGAUGCCCGUGAGGUGGAUGGCUCCUGAGACAAUGUUAGAAACGGCGGUGUUCAGCGAGAAGUCGGACGUCUGGUCCUUCGGAGUUUUGUCCAACGAGGUUCCUUGUCAGAGCACCACGUUUUUCUCAUUUCCUAUCAAUUCAAGAUAUUUUCAAAUGGGAAAAAACCCCUUUCGGAGUUUGAAAACGUAAAGGCAGUUAUGGAUGUACUGAAGAGCUGCAAAGUUUCUCCUCAUGUUCCAGAAAGUCUGAUCCCACUCAUAAAAUAAGAGAAAAGCCGGAGUUUCUCCAGAAACGGCGCCCGCAGAAGUAGCGACGAUGAUGGAGAAGUGCUGGCUGAGAGAACCGAACGAACGGCCAGACUUCAACGAUCUCGUCAUGUUGUGCUCCUCACUCUUCCAAAAGUUUCCACCGCCGCCCAUCGAGCAGGUCCUUGCCACCAAAAUCUUUCCUCUUAAACUUCCCGUUGAGAUGUCGACGCAGCUCAACAAGAACAUGACGCCCCUGACAAUAGUCGAGUACGAAAUCUUACGCGAAAAUCAUCUGGAUAGUGAUGGUGAGUUGUUUAUAAAUCAAGACAAUCAGAAAAUGGAUUUAAAAAAAAUCUGACUAGGGAGCUACUCGAACUCGUAAUCGCGGAUCGAGUUCAAACUUUAGUGGUUUGUCAGAGACCUAAGUCAGAAUACUUGAAAACAAGAGAGAAUAUCUACUAAACCCCAUAAAGAACUGAGAAAAAAUUAGUAGAAAUGGGAAAAUUAGGCCUGCAAACUUUCAGAAUACUGCUUUUUACCUUCUUUUAUACUUUAAUACGAUCCGGCUUUGAUAAACUCUAAAAAACGUUUUUCCAGGCAAAAGAAGGAGGAAAGCAAAAAUUUGAUAAUUUUCAAGCCUAAACUGUUCAUUUUCUUCUAAUUUUUUCUCAGAAGCCUAUCGGGUUUAGCAGAUAUUCACUCUUGUUUCCAAGUACUCUUACCCGGGUCUAUAAGCCACCAAAGUUUCAACUCGAAACGUACCCGAGUCCGAGUAGUUCCCUAGGGAGAAAUAUAGGUGUUGGUAGUUUCGUAUUAUUCCCAAAUUAACGCUUUCUGACUCGGUGUUUGCAGACAGUGACUCGGACAGCAGUCUUAACGCGGAGGUUUCCUUUUUCUCUUCUCCUUACCUUGUUCAAAAAAUCCACAAAACCAAUAAUUUUUCAAUUUCAGGUCGGUCAGAUGGAUAAAACGCGCCAGGAAGAGUUUUUUUCUUUCUAUUAUUUCCAAAAAAAUUUAUUUUCAGAAAACCGAGAAGAAAGAUGAAGUUGCCGAAGUCGAGCAAUUGA